UCAGAGAAUUUGUUGAUCGGUCGGUCCAUUUACAAAAUUACAGUUUUACAUUACAAUUUCUAACUGAACAUACAUUUUGGUAAUAAAUCUUGAUAUGGACAUCCUUCAGAACAUCUACACUAAGAGUGUAUCUGAAAAUGAGAGGAAUUUGGGAUUUUGGGAAGAUUACUUGAAGAAACUUAAGUCCCUUGACUUCAAUCAGUAUGCCGAAAAGCUGACUGUUCCGAUAUUAGUUCCUGUUGGGAACAGGAUCUUGUUCAGAGGCGAGUUGAAGCACACCAAUGAGGUUACAGUGGCGAUGGGAGCGAAUUACUUCGCUAAAUGUUCUAUCGCUCAAGCAGAAAUACUGAAGCAGCAUAGAAUUAAAGAUGCCCAAUCCAAAGUAGAUCUGUACAGAAAAGAAAAAGACUUCUUGGAUAAUCAAUUAAUAUUCAGAAAACAGAACAUAUUGGACACAAUAGGCCAAGAAAUUGUAGAGGAGUACACUGAAGAAGAAGAAAGAAAGUGGAAGAUAAAGCACAGGGAAAAUGUAAGACAGUAUAAGAAGCAGUCUAAGAAUAAAAAUCAAGAGGAAACGGAAGGUAUAACUGAUGAGGAGCUGUGGAACAGGCUUGAAGAACUGGAAUUGCAAGAGGAAUUAGAGAACGAGCUUAUGACUAUGGAUAAACAACAUGAGAGUAAACAAAUUGACAAACCACCAGACACAUUCAUAAAAGAAGAGGAAUUCAGUGAUCCAGCUAUAAAAGAGAAUAAACAAACAAAAACUGAAAGUAAUCCAACGCAGUCAAAGUUAGAUCUGCUACAGAAAGUCAUUGAUAGGCAAAAUGAGCUGGAGGAAAAAUUACAAGAACUUAAAUACAAAGAAAGGAGCACAAGCAAAACUGAAAAUGACCUGAUUUCUAGGCUAGAUGAAAUGGAGCAGCUUGAUGAGCUUGAAGAUGAAAUGGACAGGUUAAAUGACAUCAUUGAAGAUCAGGAUGUGGAGUAUGAGGAGGAAGAAGAAGAUAAUGAUCAAAUUGUUAAGUCACCAGCUAAAUCAAUCAAACGCAGUGUUUCCUUUGCUGAUGAAGAUGACAGUGAAACUUUGGAGGUCACAUUCACACACAGUGAUGUACCACCAUCUUUAGAACCUUAUGACUCAAACAGGGGAAUACAGAAGCCCAGUGACAUUUACAGUGCAUAUGAACAACUGUUUAACAGUGAAACAACAUCCAUUCUUAAAAAGAAUAAAUACACCGAUAAUGGAAUCAGAGAGAUAUCCAAUGUGAAAACUGAAAAGCCACCAAAAGUAACAUUCAUGCAAACUGAAGAUGAUGAUGCUGAACAGAGUAAUGAUCGAACAAUAGUUGUUGGCGACAUAGUAGAGAGGAUAGAUCAAAAUGGAAAUAUGAUAGAAAAUACGGCGGCAAGGCCGACAAGUCUUUUUAAAAAGAAGAGAAUGCAAAAAUCUAAUAAAUAAAUGAAAAAU